GGGGAGACUAAUUAGAGUUGUCAUUGACGGAGAGCCCUUUGUCUUUGUAGCCGAGAAGUGUCCGACAAGACGUCUGUCUUACUCUUCAGUCUUCACAGAUCACAUCGACCUUCCUGGCUUCUCUCCCAUAUUUACACCAAAGUCCAGCCAGGCAGAUGAACUCCCCCCGACAGACGUUCAAGACCGCCCGAGGGCACACAUACUCCCUCGUCCACAUCCCCCCCAGGGACAGCCGACCAACCCUGCUCCUCCUGCAUGGCUUCCCCUCCCACCUCCACGACUGGGUCCAGCAGACCGGCUACUUGGCCGCUCACGGCUACGGCGUGCUCGCCCCAGACCUGCUGGGCUAUGGCCAGACGGACCAGCCAUCGUGCCCCGAUGCCUACCGGCUAAAGCUCAUGAGCGACGACAUCGCGGAGAUGGCCCACGCACUAGUGGUGGCGGGCAAACCCAAGCGCAGCACGCUCGUCGGCGUCGGCCACGACUUUGGCGCCACGCUGCUCUCGCGUGCCGCCGCCUAUUACCCCGAGCUGUGGCAUCGCCUCGUCUUCCUGGCUGUCGGACCUCCCAGGCUGGGCACCCCAUUCGACGUGGAUUCCAUCAAUCAGAUGACGAGACAGGUCUUCGGGUUCGAGCUGUUGGGGUACAUCAAGUGGCUCGCGACAGAUCCGCAGGCCGCCACCACGCUCGAGAGUCACGCCCAGGCGGCCAUGCGUCUCGUCUUCUGCGCCGAUCACGGCGUCUGGGACGAGUGGUACCGCCCGCUCGGUAAGAUGAAAGAGUUCUGCGAACAGAAUCGUCAAGUGGCCAUGGGCGAAUGGUACACGACUGACCUGCAGCGGCACCAUCUGGAGUGCUUUGCACGUCCAGGGGGGUACCGAGGUGCAACCAUGUGGUAUAAAAUGUGGACAGACAAUCUGUUUGCAGAAGAUGAGCAGGGUCGUGAGGAAUUUCGCAUCCAGACACCGACGCUAUUUGUAGGGGCAGAGGGAUUUGCUCAGCAGCGCGACCUGCUGGCUGCUUGGUGUGAGGACUUGACCUGCAGGGAAGUAGACGGGGGCCACUGGAUCCAUCUCGAGCAUGCGCACAGGGUCAAUCAGUUGAUAAAAGACUUCCUGGAGUGAUGGAGAAUCUGGGGCAGGAAAUAAGGUUGUUCAGCACCCAAGUAUGUUUCGAGUAGAUUGCACAUGGCUCUCCGCCUCGGCUGCUGCAUGGACAAGUGACAUGAGCACGUCAUAUAGAGACGGAGUCUCAUAAUGCCG